AUGGUCAGAAACGUCGUCAUCCUGGGCGCCGGAUUUGCCGGUCUGCCUUUGGCCCACAAACUGCUCAAGGACACUAUCCCCAAAGUCAAAGAUGCCAAACUCAUCCUCAUUUCGGCGUCUACUCAUUUCUAUUGGAACAUGGCCGCGGUCCGGGCCGUGGUGCCAGAUCAGGUCCCUGAGGACAAGCUAUUCCGCCCAAUCAAGGAGGGUUUCGCCAAGUACCCAUCGUCUCAGCUCGAGUUGGUCUUUGGCCAGGCGAAGACAGUCGAUAUUGAUCGGAGUGUCGUCACCGUCAAUGUUGAUGGCACCGAGCGGGCCAUUCCAUAUGAGCAGCUGAUUCUAGCGACCGGCUCAUCUGUCUCGACGAACUUGCCCUUGAAACACAUUGGCUCUACAGAGGCAACCAAGGCAGCACUUCACGAUCUCCAAAACAGGAUCAAUGCUGCGAAGUCGAUAGUGGUCGCAGGGGACGGCGUCACCGGUGUUGAGACUGUCGGAGAGUUGGCACAUGCGUACGGCGACAAGAAAAGCAUUACCUUCAUCGUCCGGAACGAUUACCCCCUCCCUGGCCUAUUGCCUUCUGUGGGCAAGGCCGCCGAGAAGGAGCUCAUCAAAAUGAAGACAAAAAUCAUCCGCAAUGCCUCUGUCGCAGAGGUGAAGGACCUGGGGGCGUCCAAAUCGAUCAUUCUCUCCAACGGAGAUACUAUCCCGGCCGAUGUCUACCUACCGCUCUUCGGUGUAAGGCCUAAUACCUCUUACUUACCUGUGGGACUUCUCAACGACCGUGGAGAUGUCAAACUGGAUCUGACUCUACGCGUUACCGGUACCACCAACGUUUGGGGUCUUGGCGACGUAGGUAACCUGGAAGCGAAGCAGGCUAUAAAGAUCGAUCGUCAGGUCGCUCACCUGGCUAAGAAUCUCGACGCUAUCUUCACGGGAAGAGUUGGUAGUCUUCUUGAUUACAAGCCAUCAGAUAAGACGAUGGUCUUCGUCACAAUCGGCAAGAGCAAGGGCACAGGCCAGAUGGGUGGCCGCAAGAUCUUCAGCUGGAUAGUCUCAUCGUUGAAGGGACGGACAUUGUUCAUUGAUAACGGCGCAGCCUUGGUAAAUGGAUCGUGA